AUGCCGGCGGGCAACGAACCCAACGGUGACCAGCCGCCCAAAUUCUCGAGAUACCGGAGUCUGAGGGGCAAAAGCGUCUCGACACUGCCGAGCACCGUGACUAGGAUGUCGAUAAGCAACAGUGGACACGAGGUCGGUCAGCAGCAGGAGGCUGCAUCUGGGAAGCCUAUCGCCCGAUCCACGUCUCGCUACCGCCCACGCGCGAAUAGCGUUGCUGUACACGGCGAUGCAACCCAGGAGAUUAAUUCCGAUCCACCUGCCCAUUGCGAACCUGCCGUACUGCCCCCUGUAGCCGCUAUACCACGAGCGUUAAAGGGGGCCGCAAUGGGACGCAGGCAAAGGGAGGCCGAUGGCGACCCUGACACCGCCCCCGACUCUCCUCCCCCUCCUCGACGACACCAGCUGCGCCAUACCGACGCGAAACAGAGCCAGAUACGCCGGAAGGUGGCCGAUCACGAGAGCCGCCCAAGCACCACGAGCGACGAGAGCCAGCGGCGGAGAAUGACCGAUCCAGAAGACCGGCGCAGAAGGCUUGACAGACAGGAUGAUGCUGCGCGACAAGCCGAGAGGGACCGCCUGCUUGCGGAACAGAAGAAGAAAGACCUACAGCGAUUGGAGGCGCAGCUAGCGAACAACCAGAGACCAUCUACGGCGCACAAGCCCAUGAGUCCAGUAAUAAAGAAGUUCGUGCUCUUCACGAAGGGCCGGAAGAAGGACGGGCUGUCUCCAUCGUCCUCAACGGGCUCGGUCGACUACCACGGCCGGACAGCGAAGCUCGAGACCCCGAAGGCUGUGCCAACAUACAUCGAACCCGGCGGUAAAGGGAUCGUGCCUCAGACGGACGCGCCGACGUCGGCUAUCAAUUCUGGGGACCGGAAUGUGACGGUCCGCUGCAGACAUCACACCUUUAAUCUGGAAAUUACGCCAGAGACCACCCCGGUCGACAUCCUCUUCCAGACGUCCAACAAGAUGACAUACGACCUCGAGAUCAACCCCUCGAGUUGUGUCCUGAUUGAGCAGUAUGGUCGGCUGGGUCUGGAACGGUGCAUACGCCGCUACGAGCGCAUCCGGGAUGUGAUGAACUCCUGGGAUAGGGAUACGCAAAACCAGCUGGUCGUUACGGUUGCCGGGUCGGACGAGCAGGACCGCGAUCUCGACGUUCAUGCAGUGCCUAAGGACGAGCAGCCCCAGGGGUUUCAGCUAUAUAUGUACCAUUCGAACCGGCCGGGGAAAUGGAACAAGAGAUAUAUUACGCUCCUGGCGAACGGCCAGGUCGUGUGCGCGAAGAAACCGAAUGCCCAUACGCAAGACAAGGACACGGCGAGUCUGUGCCGACUGUCAGACUACGACAUUUACACACCCACCGAGUCGCAAAUGCGGAGGCAUCUCAAGCCUCCGAAACGCUACUGUUUUGCUGUGAAGAGCCAGCAGAAGACUACGGUCUUCGAGAACACCGAUAACUACGUUCAAUACUUUAGUACGGAGGACCCCAAGAUCGCAGCCCAGUUCAGGGAGAAGGUCCAGGGCUGGCGGAGCUGGUAUCUGGUAGAUCGCAGACCGGAGGCCAGAAAGCCACAGAAGGUGUCGGUCCCAAAGACGGACGAGAAGCCUCCGCAGAUCGCCCCCGUUAGACACGCGCUCAAGAAGUCCAUCAAUGUUGCUGCUAUGGACGGCCAUCAUCUGCGGGUAUCGGUCGAUGAAUCGCCAUAUUCGAUUGGCCCGUUCGAGCCUCUGCUCGACAUGAAGCGGUUUGACAAGCGGUUAUCACAGUUUGGCAAGGACUUCCUGCCGCCUGUCCCGGAUGCCUCGACUAUGCCGAAACGCAUCCCCACGCAGCACCGUCGUCCGUCGAAAGAUGGCGGGGGCAAGACAGAUCAGCCGCUGAUAGGCACUAUUAAGUCAGCCAGCGACGAAGCGUUCACCGGCGGCCUCCUGGGCGAAGGGUACAACGAGCGCAAGCAGAGCCUGGCUGAGGCCGGAAACGGGGCUCGGACUACGGCAGCAGCAGCAGCAUUCACAGAGGGACCGUCAUUACUGAACAGACCAGCAGAGCCGGACACCCCGACAGAUAAACCCGAGUCGCCCUCCUGGUUCCCGUCAGCCAUGGAGCACACGGCGAAGCAGCGCACGUCGUCCUCGGCCGUCCGUCCCAACACCUCCGCCGGCGUGAUGCACACAAGUCGCCGCCCCUCGUUCUCCGCCUCCUCCCGCCCGCCUCUCCCACCCCCUAUCAGCAACAGCAGCAGCAGCCGUCCCACCACGCAGGGGCGCGACCAAAGGCACACGGCAACCUCGCCCCCAGUCUCAUACUCCCAUCCCCACCCCUCGCACCCCUCGCAGCACCCCAACCCCCUCGCCUCCCAGCCCAUCGGCAGCAUCUCGCACUCGAACCGCCGCGAGCGGCCCAAGCCCCUCGUCAACCUCACGACGCCCACCUUUCAGGAGCCGCCACAGUGGUCCAAGGAGAACAAGGGCCGCGGCGUCCAGGCGCCCGAGGGCAUGCAGCACCUGAUCGACUUCAUCUCGGUCGGCGACGCCGGCGGUCCCGGUGGCGGUGGGGGCGGCAAGGGCGGGAAUAGAGACCUGCUGGAGGUGCCGCCGCGCAGCACGUUGCGCCGACAGCCGCACUCGGCGCCGGCGAUGCCGCUCUCCCGGGCGCGGAGCAAGAGCUCCGGGGCGCCCCCGGGGCGGGUCGGGGAGGUGCCACCUGUGCCGUUGCUGCCUGGACUGCAGGGGCAGGGAGGACGCGAAAGGGGCCCGGGGCCGUCUGAUAAUAAGGGCCGCGACGUGAGGGGGAGAGAGAGAGAAAGGGGUAGGGAUACUACGCCCCGGGAUCGGGAACGGGAGCGGGAGAAAGACAGGGAGCGCGAGAGGGAGAAGGAGAGGGAGAGGGCUAAGUCGAAAGCGCGGGAGAGGGAAAAGGAGAGGGAAAGGGAACGAUUUAAGGAGCGCGAGGCGGCUUAUAAUGCUGUGCCUGGCCGGACUGGGACUUUGAAGGUCGUCUGA